AGUUUUGGGUCAAGCUAUUGUCUGACAUCUCAAAGGGUUCAUUGAGCAAGCAAGCCUUGCCAGCUCGUGAGCGCUCGCGUGUGUGUGUGUGUGUGCGUGUGUCUGCGCGUAUCGGUUUUGCAUUCCGCCAUGGGUGGGGGAUUCUCUUCUGAGGCUGCCAGUAUCGUGGAACGUCUGGGGACACAGCUCACUGAAGAGGAAGCUGAGAAAGUAUGGAAAGAGGUUGAUCAGAAUAACGACGGCAAAAUGGACAAAAAGGAAGCCAAAAGGUUGUACACCCUCGUGAAGCAGAAAAGCAUAAAGGACUUAGAGAAGAAGAUUGCUGCACUAAAGGCUGGAUCGGACGAUGAUGCUCAGGUCGAUAGUCUUUUCCGGAAGUUUGAUCAGAACAAGGACGGUGAGGUGACCAAAGAGGAGUUCAUCCGCAUCGCAACAGUAGUUGGUUAUGACAUUGAUCUGAGUGAGAUUAAGCAUGAUGCCGCUUGCGAGCCCCCUGCAAAGCGUGCGAGAACAGAUGGCGAUGGCCAGGGCGACUUUAAGGUUGGUGACAAGAUUCAGAUUGUUGGUGUGACGACGGCAGCCGGAAAAGCCUUCAAUAACCAAUUCGCGGAAAUACUGAAAUGGAAUGAAGAGUACAAAAGAUGGGUUGUUCGCAUGACAAAGCCGGCCGUAACAUCUAUCCCGCUUGAAAACAUGAAGCGAUUGUGAACACCAUGGAGGCCAUACUGGGAUUUGGUCCUAUUGUUUGAACAUGUUGGCUGCAGUAGGCAAUAUCAAAUAUGUUCGCGUUGUAUUUGCAAUUGUUCCUCCGUUUCUGAGCGCCAUGGCCACCUUACAUUGCACUGGGCAUUAUGAGGAAGCUCCCUGGUAGGGAUGCUGAGCGUCGUCGUCAUCGAGGUGCGGCGAGUUGUUGGACUAGCCAGGCCAGUUCACUCUGGCUCGUCACCUGCGGGGAAAAAUGGUGUUCCAUUCUGUUGGUUGGCAAUGCAAUUGUCUUCUUUGGGCCGGACUGAUCUACAUGACGAUGGACGGCGUGCCGAAGACAUGAGUGUUCUCUGGAGGCUCGUGUCUCGGAUCGGAUGUGGGUCAUCCCCUUUCCUUGGAGCCCUUUUGGGGUCCUCCAGGUCUUACCUGGGACCAUUCUGAAGGACAGUGACAAAACG